AUGCCUUCUUUAGAAGAUCUCACAAAGCAAUUGAAAUCAGCGUUUGAAGCUAAGCAAUACUCUAAAACAGAAGAGUUAUUAUCACCAAUCAAGAUACUUUUAAUUCAAAAUGAUCUGUUGAUUCCAAAUUAUCAAAAAAUAAAUAAAGAUCCACAUUAUGUUGAAGAUUUAGUUAUAUCAAGAUCCAUAUUAGAAAUUGGUGCAUUAUCUUCCAUCAAUUCACAAGAUUUUGAUAGAUUUGAAAACUAUCUACAACAAUUGAAAGUUUUCUAUUUCAAUACAGUUAGUAAUGAACAAUUAUCUAAAUCAGUCAACAAGAGUAAAUUAAUAAGUUUAUAUUUGUUGUUAUUAUUAUCAAAGGGUGACGUUGUGAAAUUUCACACUGAAUUGGAAUUUUUGGGUAAUCAUCUGAAAAAUAUUGAGAAUGAUUUGUAUUUGAGUUAUCCAAUCAAGAUUGAGAAUUGGUUAUUAGAAGGUUAUUAUGAUAAAGCUUGGGAAUUAAUAUCUAGUAAGAAUUCUGAGGAAAAAAUUAAAUUAAAAGAAUUCAACAUUUUCAAUGAUACAUUAUUACAAGCAAUUAGAUUUGAAAUAUCAAGAUCAAUAGAGAAGACUUAUAAAAAAUUACCAUUUUCAAAUGCCAAAUAUUUAUUAUUUUUAAACAGUGAAAAAGAAGUUGAAGCAUUUGCCAAGGAACAAAAUUGGGAAUAUUCAAACGGUGAAUUACUAUUCAACCUAAGUGCUAAAGAGGAUAAAUUUGGAUUCACUCAAGAUGAAGAAGAUUCACAAUUAAACAAUAGUGAGAAAUUGAGAAAUUGA